GACCAACAUGGCUACCUACUUGAAUUUGAAUGGAAAAUCCCUGUUUAUGCUGGCUAGGAAAACCGGGUGGACAAGUGCUAAUAACCUGGUUUAUAACCAGUACUGCUGUUUUGAUUACAUUGUGGACUAGUCCCAAGGGUUCAUUUGACUGUGGUUGUUUAGUCUUUGUUUGCAGUUGUAGCAAUCUGUUUCUGUCUUGGCGAUUAGCACUAUGGAUGUCACAAAUGGAGGAUUAUGGUUCAUCUGAGUUUGCGUUUUCCAUGCAAGACUCUCUGGUAAAAAUAUUUGGUCUCUUGAUCACCCUGCUCCAUAACACAGUGAUGACACAUAGACAUACUUGCUUCUAAAUAAAUCCUAUUUCAAAGGUUUUGCUUAAACCUUUCCUAGUUCUUUAAGGAAUUGUUGUAAAAGUGCAUGCUAGCUUUAUGAGCGUGCAUGAGCACUGUGAUCUCAUCAAGCUGGUACACAUGAACCAGGAAGUAGAAUACAGCUGAAAUAAACAGGAUCAGCUGGGAAAAACCAAACAGCUCUAUGAGAAGAGGGAUGAAUGUAAUUGUGUAGCAGGUUUAUUUUCCAGUAGCUAACAAUAGCAACUGAACUUAAAUACUUGGUGAUAUUUUCUGUUUUUCAUACAACGCUGAAUCCAGGAGCCUUGAUUAUAUCAGUUCUCUAGAAGAAACAAAUCCUGGAUCAAAGAUCCCUGGGAGAGACAAUGAGCUAUUGCUAGGCUGUCUAUACUGCUGAUUUUCAGUUGAUUCCUGCAGUUUGAGGCACCUGGAGUCAUGGCAGACUGGCUGCUCAUUGGAUUGUUUGCAGCACUGGUUGUGCUUCUGCUGUUGACGCUCUUUGGCUUUGCUGUUUAUUCGGGGCUCUUCACAGAAGUGAUUGUGAGUGCUGGUUUGCCCCCCUUCAGCAGCAUCACUGUGGCAUAUAAAUUCCAGGUGGGGCCUUAUGGUGACACUGGAAGGCUGUUUACGGAGAGCUGCAGCAUCUCUCCAAGGCUGUGCUCCAUUGCUCUCUACUAUGACAACCCUCACACGGUAAGUCUCACGGUGGAUCCGGAGAAAUGCCGCUAUCUUGUGGGUAGCAUCUUGAGUGAAGGAGAAGCGAAGCCAUCUGAGGAAGUGGUGCGCAUGUUUCUGAAGUAUGGUUUCAAGAUCAUCAACUUCCCAGCCCCUAGCCAUGUUGUCAUGGCAACUUUUCCCUACACGACUCCACUGUCCAUCCAUCUGGCAGUGAACCGUGUCCACACAGCCCUUGACGUAUACAUCAAGGAGCGGAAACUGUGUGCCCAUCCCAGACUGGAAAUCUACAAAGGCAACAAAAUCUACUUUGUAUGCCCCCUUGCCCGUCAAGGGGACUUCUACGUUCCUGAAAUGAAAGAGUUGGAGAAGAAAAGCAGAGCAGCAGCAGCAGCAGCAGCAGAAGCUGAAGAUGCUCAAAUAGAUAUCACAGGGGCCGACACCUUAAGUGAGAACAGCUCUGUCAGCUUGGAGACUACAACCAACAGCAGAGAGACUUCAGUGGCUACCUCCAUCUUGUCCCCCUUCACGUCUGGCCACAGCCGAGAUGAGGUUGACAAUCGCAGUGAGCACAGUUACAGCGAGUCAGGGGCUAGUGGCUCAUCCUUUGAGGAACUGGACUUAGAAGGCAAUGGUGAUGGAAUGGCAGGCCUGUCGGCUGACCUUGGUUCUGUUGAGGACCAGGACACCGCCAAGGCCAAAUGGACCAAGGAGCCUAUUGCCCUGGAGAAAGAAAGGGGCGAAGAAUAAAGUCAUUUCUUUUCUCGUGUUUCUUGGGGAUUGGAAAGAGAAACUGAUCAUCUCUCUUGCUUCUUUUCUGUCCAGCCAAAAGAUUUCGGUCACUAAUCUAUGUUGAGACCUGUCCUACUCUUUGUCUGCAGACAAGUAUUUGGGGUGUUAUAAAGGAAGAGCAGUUAUAUCCAGGGGGACUGUAGCUGGUUUCCACUUUCCUGUAGCCAGACUUAAAGAUGUGUGCUGUAACAGGAAACUGGGAGUGGGAUGGUGUGAAGUAGUGCUGAGGAGCUUCAGUGUUGAACAGCACAGUGUAUUUCAGUAUGUGGGUGUAUAGGAGUCAGUGCAUAACUAUGCAGAGAUCACUCUUCAUGAGCCAGUAGAUGCAUUUGCGUGUAGACUGCCCUCUUGCAUCUCUUUACUGCUUCCUGCGCUCCUUCCCAUUUACCCCCUAAUCAGACUGUUUCUGUGCAACUCACGCACAUUCAUUGGCACCACAUCUAUUGACACCAAAGAGCAGUAGUUACAUUUGAAAUUGAAAAUUGUAGUGCAAACCUUUAACCCAUAAACGGAUGCCUGAGUUUUCUUGAUCAGUAAUGCAAUUAACACCUUCCCUUUCAAAGGUUUAAGUUUCUGAGCAGGGUUAUCAUGAUCCCAAACAUUCACAUGUUGCUUCUGCUCCCUUUCCUAUUCUUCUUCACUUUCCUGUGCAACCCACUUUCACUGUCUUCUCUUUCUUAGAUUGCAUGAUCAUGCACAUACAACUGUAGCACCCGUUAACAUUUUAUGCUAUGCCUCCAGGAAGUGAACUUGAGAAGUUCCUUAUCUAGCUUCAGAUUUUUUUUAUUUUUUAAAAAGUCCACGUGAAAGGAUUAGCCAUCACACUAGACAUAAAUGGUGUCCUCUUCCUGCAGUCUCGGCAAGGAGAUUUUGGAGAAUGGGUACUAUUGCAAUAAAACAGGGCAACAAUACAACAGAAAUGACACAACCAUGUUUUCUCCAGUGCUGAUUCUCAGAUGCUAUGAUGCAGUGGAAGGAAUCGAAUGGAAUAUUAUUGUGUUCAAUGCAGUGAAGUGACAGAUUUGCUGUAAUAUCCCAGAUAUAGUGGGAACCAUAGUGGAUUUGACAUAAUGUUGUGUGCCAGUGUUGGAAGUUUAUAUUUUAAUUCUUCACACAAUUUCUGCAUAUUCUUCUGGAACAAAUAAUUUCUGCACAGAGAAACAAGUUACAGAGUCUACCCUUAAUGCAAGAUAAGAAUUUCUAUAGGUUGCAGUACAUCCCUUAGAAGGAUGAAAUGAAGAGGAUCUUCAUUUUACAUUGGUAAUAAUAUCUGGAUGCUGGGUUGGGUCAAACCUGCCUCCAUCAAAAUCAUGCUGAGGGCUCUGUACCAGAUUUUUUUACUGCUGUCACUCUAAUGAAGGUCUUGUACUGAGAAAUCAACUGAUGAGGAUCGUGUCACACAGUCUGAAUUCUCAGAGCUCCAUGGUGGAUUAAGGAAGGCAUCAAGGCCACAGGAGGAAAGAAAUGCAUAUGUGUGUGUAUUUGGGGUAUGUGUGUGAAAUAUUGGAAAGUUCUAAUCCUCCCCACCAUAUUCUUACAACUCUUGCUUACAUCCUCUCUUGGAGGUCUUGGAUCAAUGGCUCACUCUGUUUCUUAAUGGAAUUGGAUCCAUAUAGUGGGCAGAGAAGUUCGACGUUCAGCCACCUUCAAGACCUUCUUUGUUUCUGAGCAUUGACUCAGCCUGGUGGGAAAUCAAUGGAAUGCAGUGUUAGAACCUUCUCCCUUGGGCUGUGUGGUCCAUAAGGCUGCUCAGCUCCCUCCUCCAAGCAAUCACCAUUGAUUCCUUCCUUUCUUCUUUGUGCUCUUGUUGCUGUGGCCUAUAACCUUUAUAUUUCUCUUCUGGCUUACUGUUUCUUGGUAUUUAAUUCUACAUUCAUGUUUCCCCAAUCCUGAUUUACCACGAUAUCCAAAUCAGUAAUUCCACUUUAGCUACAUUGUCCCUGAAAUUAGUUGGGAUAAUGCAAGCAGACACAUGUUCAAUAUAUGGGGAGCUGGAUAUGUUCCAUCCCCAUUGUGCCUGGAUUCUGUAUAACAGUCUCACACUUGCUAUCGGGUAGCUUUCCCAUCUUCCUGGAUAUUAACUUCAUUCACUGGCACUGCACAGUUGAUGUUAGUGUGGUACAUGGAAUUACUUGAAUGAGCAUCAUUCCAGCUAUCCCAAUUUAGCACCCAGUAGAUUUUAUUGUGCCCAUUGCUGAGCAUGGCUUCCAAACGCGCACCAUAGAGCAUCUGUUCAUACUAUUUCUAUGUGUGAGUAUAUCUGUAUGCAAAUGAGUGUAUAUGUCCACAAGUACCCUUGGGUAUGUGUGAUGGUUUGUGCACUUGUGAGCGCCUGGGUCUGCUCACAUUGUGGAUAGACCUAUGUGCACAGACUCGGAGACAGAACAGACACGGCACCAUAAAUGAAAUUGCAAUGUAUUGAAUGGUGUCAUGUUUAAUUUGGACCUCAUACUGUGGUCUUCCCAUUUUCCAUAUGCAUGCACACGAAAGCUCAUACCAAUGAAAAACUUAGUUGGUCUCUAAGGUGCUACUGGAAGGAAUUUUUUAAUUUAUUUUGUUUCUCCUCCUAAGAGUUGAGUUGGUAAUGGUAAUUAUAGUUGAAGGGUAAAAAAUGACAUCUUCCCAUUAACUGUGCUUUAAAUAUUCCAGUACAGAUUCAAGCUAGUGAGAGGAGCACAUUGAGUAACUUGCCAUGAUCUGAACCAUGAACAGGAGAAGCCAUCCGUACAUAUACUUUCACCUAUAGUCUCCUUUUGUCAAAAUUCUCAAUGAAACAAUGCUUUGUGUAAGAGUUGCCUGAGUUUCUCCAGAAGCGAGCACAUGACCUAGUGUCUCUUUCCUCUGAAGCCCACCUCUUCCCUUAACGGAUUCUACAAGCUCUUAGUUGUCAUCUUUGUGAACAUCCAGCAUUUUGCAGACAAAUAAUUUCAGAUAUGAGUCCAGAAUCAUAACAAGCUCUGGUGUUGUAUGCCACCAUCCCUUGGGACAAUCAAUAGAGGGAUUGUCACAGUAUUUGAGAGACCUGCCCGCUAAUGUUUCCCAGGCUGCUUCAGGCAAUCUUUCACAUGUCCACUUCUUCCCAAAGAAUUGAAUUGCCGAAGGCAUAACUGGAGCCUGCUCUUAUUAGGCAGCUGUCUGGCAAUCUGCUCUAAGAUGCUCUGCUUGUUCUGUGGCUGGCCUGGUCUCUCUCUCUCUCUCUCUCUCUCUCUCUCUCUCUCUCUCUCUCUCUCUCUCUCUCUCUCUCUUGGCACUUGCUGCGAUUGUGAAGGGACUGGGUGAUGAAUAAAAUUACCAUCCAUCUGUGAUGAGAACACAUCAGAGCAUACCAAGGAGUACCAAUGUUUCUUCUCUUCCAUUCUAACCCUAGCUGACACAGUUCACUAUAAUGGCAGUUUCAAAUGCCUUGUAGCCAACACCUGGAAUAGAAUGUGAUGCUACACAAUUAACACACAUGGACAGAUUUGUGUUGUUGCCUGUUGGGACAUUUUACAGUUGAAGACAUGCAGCUUUCCUAACCAUUUCAUUUUGAAGGCAUAAAUAUCCAUCGGUGUCUGCAUCUCACUUUCAUUAGCACCAUAUUCUGUGUCAUCACUAAGAUUCUCACUGAGUUAUGAAAGAACUCUGAUGCCUGAUCAGAAGCCCACUUAAGUUCACAAGAGUCUGUCAUUAGUCACAAUAAAGUUGUGAUACUGAGAAAUAACAGCUUGGGAGCCCAGAAAUCUAAAAAAUGAAUGCGCAGUGCAACAGGAUUUUUAGAGAACACAAAAUGCACCCCGUGGGUUCAUUUUUCUUGGUUAGUGUACGUGAAUCCAAAAAUACUCUAGGAUUGCAGGUUUUGAUUCCCUAUAAUGGUUGUUCUGGACAUCUUAAUGUUUGAGAUUUUAUUUUAUUUUAUUGCUUUACUUACAUUUAAGCUUCCCUUCUUCCUCUUAACUAUCAAUGUGUCACAGCAUUUUUUCAGUUGCAAAACCAACCUUAGCGGGAAGAGAAACGCAGAAGGCUCCCAACUCACAUCCCAUCCCAACUGCACCCCACAGUAGUAGACUUGCAUCUAAAUGAUGUCUAGAUUCAUGACAAUCAACCUCUUUCUCCACCCACCUACAGGAAGGGUAGGUCUCAACUGCCAUCUCCCACCCCUGCCCUAUUCUUUUCUUCAUGGUUAUAUUCAAGUGCUAAUUCAUAGGUACAUACAAAUCCUAGCAUAGAGGUGUUUGGAAUUCUAAGCCCAAACUUUAAAAGUUCAUAGGUUACAUAUGGUUGAUGCUGCUUUUCAGACAACAUACAUCACUGAUAUUCUGAAAACAUUUCUUGGAAGGGAAACAUUGAGAAAUUUGGCUUUGCUUGAGGAACAUAAAGAAGAACAUGUUUCUAUGGACUAAUUUGUAUAUGUUAAAUCUUAGCUGCCCUAAAUUUGAUUGCACCUUUCACGUUUCUGUGUUUAUUCAUUCUGUGCAUGCAGCUCACUUACAUUCCCAACUUGAAUACUGAUACUUGCAGGUACAGAUGAUGAGUUCAGCAAGCCUACUUCACUUUGACUGGAACAGUUUUGGAGAUGGUACAUUUUGCUGGCAUUCAAAGCUGGUUGGCCAUAAGCUGCAAAGUGUCCAUAACAAAGUUCAUUUGGGUUUUAUAUGCAGAAGUAGAGUUUAUGACUUCGAAUCCAAUCAUUUGCAUACACAAAAGGCUGUGUCUGUGUGUGUACACACACACAUAUGUGUGCAUACAGGAGUAGGUACUGUACUAUGUUUGGAUCUGAAAGCCCCAAAUUGUCAUUGAGUGAGCAGCCUGCACUGAAAAGCAAAAAGAAAUGACAACCCAGUUUUGAUUUGUCAUUAAGAUACUGGCAAAGCUGUCGGAGAAGUUUGCUUUUUAGUUUGUCCUGAAGUGAAAAGCACUUGUUCUGUUAUGUAUUUAAUCACUAUUUUGAUAUCAUGUAUAAGGCUUAAAGUAAUCUAUGUGCCAGACUGGUUUAGACAUAGGUGUUGGGAAUGGGUGGGGUGGGUAAUCCUUUUUGAAAUUAAAAAUGGCAAACAAAAAGCAAGCCCAUGUCCUCCACACUCUGUGAACACUGCAAAACAAAAUCUGAACUAUGACUGAAGUGAAACACGCCUCACUGCUAAACACCUGAGACUACAUUUCAGGUACUGAAAUAUGUAUAGUACUUACA